AUGGCUAUCUCCAAGGUCCACGCUCGUUACGUCUACGACUCUCGCGGCAACCCGACCGUCGAGGUCGACGUUGUCACCGAGAUCGGUCUGCACCGCGCCAUUGUUCCCUCGGGAGCUUCCACCGGCCAGCACGAGGCUUGCGAGCUCCGCGAUGGUAACAAGAGCAAGUGGGGUGGCAAGGGCGUCCUUAAGGCCGUCCAGAAUGUGAACGAGAUCAUUGGCCCCGCCAUCAUCAAGGAGAACAUCGACGUCAAGGACCAGUCCAAGGUCGACGAGUUCCUCAUCAAGCUUGACGGAACCCCCAACAAGACCAAGCUUGGUGCCAAUGCCAUUCUCGGCGUCAGUCUGGCCGUUGCCAAGGCCGGUGCGGCGGAGAAGGCUGUCCCUCUUUAUGCGCACAUCUCGGACCUUGCUGGCACCAAGAAGCCCUAUGUCCUGCCCGUUCCCUUCAUGAACGUCCUGAACGGAGGCUCGCACGCCGGUGGCCGUCUGGCCUUCCAGGAGUUCAUGAUUGUCCCUUCUGCUGCGCCGUCUUUCUCCGAGGCUCUGCGCCAGGGAGCUGAGGUUUACCAGCAGCUCAAGAGCCUUGCCAAGAAGAAGUACGGCCAGUCUGCUGGCAACGUCGGCGACGAGGGUGGUGUCGCUCCGGAUAUCCAGACCCCGUAUGAGGCCCUUGACCUCAUCACGGAUGCCAUCGAGAAGGCGGGCUACACUGGCCAGAUGAAGAUCGCCAUGGAUGUCGCCUCCAGCGAGUUUUACAAGGAGGAUGCCAAGAAGUACGACCUCGACUUCAAGAACCCCGAGAGCGACUCCAGCAAGUGGCUCUCGUACGAGGAGCUCGCCAGCCUGUACGCCGAGCUCUGCAAGAAGUACCCGAUUGUCAGCAUCGAGGAUCCUUUUGCCGAGGACGACUGGGAGGCAUGGAGCUACUUCUACAAGACGCAGGACAUCCAGAUUGUCGCUGAUGACCUUACCGUCACAAACCCUCUCCGCAUCAAGAAGGCCAUUGAGCUCAAGGCUGCCAACGCGCUCCUGCUCAAGGUCAACCAGAUCGGCACUCUGACCGAGUCGAUCCAGGCUGCUAAGGACUCGUACGCCGACGGCUGGGGCGUCAUGGUGUCUCACCGCUCCGGAGAGACGGAGGAUGUCACCAUCUCUGAUGUUGUCGUGGGCAUCCGGGCUGGUCAGAUCAAGACCGGCGCGCCUUGCCGAUCCGAGCGCCUCGCCAAGCUCAACCAGAUCUUGCGCAUUGAGGAGGAGCUUGGGUCCAACGCCGUCUACGCGGGCGAGAACUUCCGCUCGGCAGUCACCUUGUAA